GACAAUCAAAACCAACAGAGAAAGCGAGACAGCAUGAAGCUGCUGAAUUGGAUGCGAGUGAAAAUAAAGCAAACAAACACCAACCCAUUGAAAGAGUUUGUAACAGGUAACUAUGGCGGUUGUUGUCUGCGUCCGGGCUCGUGCUUUGUAACGAACCAGAACACAAAGUCUGUAACUUGUCCGAACCAUGUUUACCGAAACUCAUCUUCUGAAAAGGGUCAUCUCGAAGAAGAACGAGAAGAAGAAGUAACGUUUCCUGGGUUUCUCGCCAUUGGAACGUUAGGGUUAGAACCUCCCGCCACACCGAAAUUGUUCGACGCACCACUGGAAGAAGAUGGAUCCCAAGAGAAGAUGGAAGUUAUUACAGAGGAUGAACUCAAGCUCAUUAGCGAUAAAAUCGAGAUGUUCCUUGAAUCUGAAACUGAACAAAGCUACAACGGAUCGAUGUUCCAGAUUAAAGAGCAACAUCUAUCUGGCCUCGGGGAAUUUUCUGACACUGCUAGCCUCAAGGCCGAGGAAUCAAAUCCAGAAGAGUAUGGAGAACCUGUCAUGUUUCCUCUGCAAGGCUAUCUCCUCGGAUCUUCGCUUGAACUUCUGAAGGAAAACGACAAAGUUAAGAAGAAAAAAGGGUCCAUUGCAGAUCUGUUCCAGAGGAAAAAAUCAGCAGAGAAACCGAGUUUCAGUGAAAGAAGAGAUUCGAUUAAGAAGACGACCAUGUGGAGAAAGCUUCAUGGAACUGCCAAGAAGAGCUUCACUCACUGUGGCAAGGAUGAUGAUGAUGAUGAUUCUGUGCCCCAGAAGAAAAAACUCAGAAAGAUUGGCCAACUAUUCCGUAGAAAGAUCCACCCUGUUAUUUGCACAUCUGAAACCGAGGGAAACAAGCCAAACAAAGAUCAAAAGAUCGAUGAUAUGUUCCGAAACAGAAGAAGCUACAUCAAUGGCGAUGAUCUUAUAUACCGACAUGGAGGAGGAGACAACCAAGUUUCGAGCUCAAGUGAAGAAGGCUUUCUCAGUUCUGAAACAAGCUCCGACAUGACUCAGUACGAGGUUGUGGGAAAGAGUCCAAAUGGGAAAAGAGAGAAAUGGAUCAACACUGAUUCAGAGUGUAAGUCAAAAAGAUUCUACCAAAAAAAAAAAAAUCUGACCCCAAAACUAAUGAUUUCUAUGCAAAGACUCUAAAUGCUGUCGGCUUUUGCAGAUCUUGUACUGGAGCUCUGAAGAUGACACUGCAACAAAACUCCAGUUCUGAAAUCCAAGCAAUGCUUCUCUACUGCUUUCACCUAUCAACCAUAUAUACAUACACAUACAUAUCUAUGUAACUACUGUGUAUGACUCUGUAAUUAUGGAAUAUUCUGGUAGAAGAACUUGAAUAAAGGAAUGCCAUCAGCUAUAUAGUAUCAAAAGGGGAUGAGGAAAGUCACAUGCUUUCACAAGUUUGGUUCAGUUUCACCAUAAAUAAGCUGCAAACAUCUUUUAGUUCACAACUAUUGCAGUUAUUACACAAGAAAGCAAAGAUUUCAUAGAACUUAUUAUCUUCACAGCAAAUAUCGAUAGCCCGAUCUUAUUCCAAAACCCAUCCUAAAUUCAGACUACCAUAGUUAUAUCACAGUACAGCCAAGAAUCUAAAAACUUGUUCAUCAGAGCAAAUAUCAAUAGCCAAUAUGUGCUGAACUCAUUCCUUCUUGGUUCAGUUAACAGAGUACCCAAAACAACUUGUGGUAUCAUCUUUUUAUGCACUCAUCUCUACUCUAAAGCAAUUCUUUAACAAAAGCAAAGACCACCAAAAGCAGAGAGAGCACACAACUCAGAUCAAUCUGUAAAGCAAUGUGGAAUUGAAAACCCUAGAAAAGAAGCAUUUGAUUGAACAGUUGAGGAAAAGUAAAGCUCAAAAAAAAAAAAAAAAAAAA